AUGUCGAGUAGUGGAUUUAAUUUACAAAAUGUAGCUUCAACCUCGCUGUUUGUAGGUGACCUUUCACCCUCUGUUAACGAAACAACUUUAUACACGAUUUUUAACACUGUUGGACCUGUUGCUUCUAUUAAAAUAUGCAGAGAUGUGCAAACUAGAAACAGUUUGGGAUACGGAUACGUUAAUUAUCAUUCUUUAUCUGAUGCGGAAAAAGCAAUUAAGGAACUAAAUUAUUCUUUAAUUGAAGGCACUCCAUGCAGAAUUAUGUGGUCCCAACGCGACCCGUCAAUCCGUAUGAAGAAUGAUUCCAACUUAUAUAUCCGUAACAUCGAAAAAUCGAUUGAAACCAAAGAUUUACACAACGCAUUUUACAAAUUUGGAACGAUUUUGUCGUGUAAAAUAGCUACUGACGUAAACGGAAAAAGUCUAGGUUAUGGGUUUGUUCAUUACGCAAAUGCCGAGGCAGCUACCAAAGCGAUCAAGGAAAUGAACGGUUACAAGCUUGGGAACAAGUGCAUUGAGGUCAUGCUGUUUUUGAAUCGCGAAAAGAAGGGUGAUGGCAAGGCAAAAAACUUUACCAACAUUUACGUCAAAGAUUUUAACCCCAGCUGGACUGAAAAAGAAUUACGUUCAGUCUUUGAAAAAAUGGGAACUAUCACUAGCUUGUACUACUCAGUUGACCACCUCUCUCGACCUUUUGCCUGCAUAAAUUUCGAAUCUCACGAAGCCGCGAAGAAAUCCAUUGAUGAGCUCCAUGGAAAAUUCUGUGACGAAUUGAUUAGCAAGGAAGUCGAGGACAACAAAACAGAGUCCGAAACUUUUGCAAAAGAUGUUCUACAAAUUGAAUCGGCUUCUACUAAUGAAAUCUCGAAUGGCAAUGUUUCUUCCACGGAAGCAAAAGUUUCUGAUUCUAAAGAAACAAGCUCUAACUCUGCUUCUGAAAAAAAAGAAAGCAUUUAUUCCGAAAAACUUGCCGAAAACAACCUUGCAUCAUCAUCAUCCAUCGAUGACGCUACAGACGAAGAUCAAACUAUCACCAGAAACAACUAUGAAUCGACAAAAAACGUGUUACAAAAAGUAAGAUCUGACAAAGACAACAAAAAGUGGUUUGGGGAACAAUUGUUUCCUUUGGUUUUCAAUUAUCAACCAGACUUGGCUGCCAAACUCACUGGUAUGCUGCUAGAGUUAAAUGAUAUAGAACUUAAAAAAUUAAUAAUCCACGACAUCGCUUUACGUGAAAAGAUUAAUGAAGCUCUCGCCGUCUUAAAUGAUGCCAAAAACAGAGCAUGA